UCCAAGACCGGCGUGGCCAUCUGCAGCGUCGCCAUGUCGUCGGUGUUCGGCAAGCCCCGAGCGGGCAGCGGGCCGCACAGUGUGCCCCUCGAGGUCAACCUGGCCAUCCUGGGGCGCCGCGGGGUGGGCAAGUCUGCCCUGACUGUGAAGUUUCUCACCAAGAGGUUUAUCAGCGAAUAUGACCCCAAUUUGGAGGACACUUACAGCUCUGAGGAGACUGUGGACCACCAACCUGUCCACCUGAGGGUCAUGGACACUGCAGAUCUGGACACCCCCAGGAACUGUGAGCGCUAUCUAAACUGGGCCCAUGCCUUCCUGGUGGUAUAUAGUGUUGACAGUCGACAGAGUUUUGAGGGCAGCAGCAGCUACCUGGAGUUGCUGGCCUUGCAUGCCAAGGAGACACAGCGUGGCUACCCUGCCCUGCUGUUGGGUAACAAACUGGACAUGGCCCAGUACAGGCAGGUCACCAAGGCUGAGGGUGCGGCUUUGGCAGGCAGGUUCGGAUGCCUGUUUUUUGAGGUCUCUGCCUGCCUGGACUUUGAGCAUGUGCAGCAUGUCUUCCAUGAGGCGGUACGGGAGGUGCGACGGGAGCUGGAGAAGAGCCCCAUGGGCCGGCCCCUCUUUAUCUCUGAGGAGAAAGCCCUAUCUCACCAGACCCCGCUCACAGCCCGACAUGGGCUGACCAGCUGCACUUUCAACACUCUGUCCACUAUCAGCCUGAAGGAGAUGCCCACUGUGGCCCAGGCCAAGCUGGUCACUGUGAAGUCGUCCCGGGCCCAGAGCAAGCGCAAGGCACCCACCUUGACCCUACUGAAGGGCUUCAAGAUCUUUUGAGGAUCCUUCUGCAGAAACCUUAGGCUCGGCUGAUGUUUGGGGCUGCAGGGCAGGGGCUGGGCUUACCUUCUGAUGAACCAGAGGCCCUUAUGCCCGGGUCCAUAGCAGACUCCACCUCCAGCACCAUGCAGUCCCUACACGCUCACUGUGUGAGCCAGAGGGACAGGCAGGUAUGCCGCUGAGUCCCUCCCGGCCUUGGGCUUCAUGGUGACCUCUGCAUCCACCACCCUGGAGAGAAGCUGCCCCUGUUACAAACCAGAGACCUGGAACCUUUAUCCAAGCAGAAAGGAACUACAGUGCAUAUCCUGGGCCAUGACUCUCGCCUGCUCUGGCCACUGCUAGCCGGCUGCAGCCCCUGUUCAAAGCAGCUUUGUCUAUGUGAAAGCUUGUAACAGUCUACAGGAUGGCUGGCCCCAGGCCCUACUGCCACCUGGUGGUAGAAAGAGGUGGGGCACUUGUCCGGAGGCCCAAAGCUGGUCCUCCCAUGUCUUCUGACCUCUUAAAAGCCCAGGCUACAAACCUUACUUACAGUUUAUCCAAGAAAAAUUCAGUUAAAAUAAUCCUGUGGGAAAUCCUGGAUAGGGCAACGAAAUCUGGAUGGAAGCAUUUCAGCACUUGCCUCUCAAUGAAGGGUGUGGAGAGGGGCUGUGGAUUGUCCAGGCUAGGGAGCCUCUGGCAUUUUUUUCCACCAGCCUUUGUGGGGGGCUCUUGUGACCACUUUAUUAGUAGACAUUCCUCCCCAGGAUCACCCUUCUUGAGCUUAAUGACUAAGGCUGCAGAAAGUCAUUCUCCACAGGUAGGUGUAUGGUUUGGUUGGACCUAGGACCCUCAGCAAUGGAUCUGAGUUUUCUAAGCUCACUUUGGGAAGACAGAUCCCAAUAUGUUUGGGAUUAAUAAGGUGGACUUUGGCAUCAACCAUUUGGUGUUUUACCAAGUCUCAGAUGUGAGAAGACUGUCUGGCUACAGCUGUUUCUUACUGUUUACCACAAACUCUAGAAGAGCUGGUUCAGGAGGGGCAUCAGAUGGGCUGAGCCAGGCAUCCUAACCUAGGAAGCUUGCUCCUUCUGCACGUAGCCAACAGACCCAGGAGCUUGGACUGAAAAUCUCUCUAACCCAGUCUUCAGCUCUGUUCUAUAGCUGGAGAUGCUGAGGUCAGGAGAAGGCUGUGAACUACUCAAGAGCAUGUACUACAAGCCCUGACACUGAUCCUGACCAACAGGCCAGAUCUGAACUUUGUACUUUUUAUUUCUUUGAGACAGAGUCUCUUUAUUAUGUA